CCCCAAAACAACACAAUCAUCACCUCGUGUUGUAUUCUGAUUCGCUACGUCCCAGUUUUCACUCGGAAUUAUCGAAAUUUCCAUCGUAAGUUUUCUCUAUCCUACUUUUACAUCUCUGACCUGUCUCAUUGUUGAAUCUAGGUCAUGAGUGCUUUGUAAUUUAGGGUCUUGCCCUCUUUCUUUACUCCUUUUGGUCUACUUAUUUGCGGGGAUUUGCGGGCAAAAUGCCGCGCGCUGCCGUUCAGCUAGCCCUGCUGAUUCUAGCUGUGCCAGCUCAGUACUUCAUCUGCAAGUUGACCACUCCAUCUGUAGGAGAAAGAGAUGUAUUGAUGAGGAGGUUGACCCAGUCACUUACACUAUUCAGUAGUGGAAUACUAGAAUGGGAGAAAUGGAAAGACUGGAUUCUGAUGAGGUUUGAUGAUCGCGGUGAGUGCCCUGCAAAAGAGGUCCUUCAAUUUAAAGAUCCUGCUGGGCACUUUGGAAUGUCAGCGGAGGUGCGGUCACCACGCCCUUCCAAUGUGAAAUAUAGAGUGGGACAGGUGAUUCGACACAAACUGUGGAAUUAUAGAGCAGUAAUUGUUGGCUGGGACCCAAAAUUAAAGGCGCCAGACUUCUGGAGAGAUGCUAACCAUCCUGCUGAUAAAAAACACUGGAAGGAUAUGCCAAAUUAUGCGCUACUGGUUGAUACAAGAGACAGACCGUCACCACAGAUCACUUAUGUUCCAGAAGAGAACAUUGAAGUCAUUACAGGAACUAAGAUAUUUCAUGAUGAGGUUGAGGAGUUCUUUGAAUACCACGAUGGAGCAGUAUACAUUCCAAGACCAUGGCUAAAAAAACUCUAUCCUCAUGAUUGAUUAUACUUGCUACACAUGCACACGGAAGAUUGAAUAAUUAUGGAGGUAGAGGUGGUUGACGAACUCCCUGUAGUUUGUGAUAUCAUCUAGUUAGUAGCGGGUUAUAAAAAACCGCUGAACUUCAAAGACUUUGUUUGUUUUCUGGCCCAUCAGAGAGUGCUUGUUAUAUUGAUGAUGCCCUUUGAAGUUCGCCGGUAUUUGAAACUAUCUCCCUCUAUUAACUAUGGUGGAAUACAUAUAGCUCUUAUUGAUCAACGUCAUAGGCUGUAAUUGAACGUUAGGGGACCGUAAAGAGAAAGAAAAGAUCGAGAACUAAAUUUAAUCAAUUUCGAAAAUAUAAAAAACACUGAUCUUCAUUAGCAAAAUGCAUUUAUAUUUAAAAAAAAACUAUUUCGUGUAAGAAGGGUGUACAUGGUACAUUGGAUGAGGCCAUAGCAAGGAGGGUGGGGGGGGGGUGCUAGGUGGGGCUCACACUCCCCCAGUAUUUCCACAAAAUGUAUAUUUAGCGGCCUGCUUUACCCCUGCUGUAGUGUAAACGUAGAAGACUGGAUUUUUCGUCAAGUUUUUUCCAUCGGUUCUCCCCGAAUGGGAGCAAUGAGUUAUGUGUUAGCAAACCGGGAGGGGCUGUAAGCAGUCUAUUUGCAUUCAAAUUUUUUUUAUGAAAUUGACAUUGUGACCGUGUGACCAAGUCAGAAAUAUCGGUCAAAAGUAAUAUAUGAUAUCAAAUAAUAUGUCUUUGUUUGUCGUUUUUGUGUACAGUUUUGUCAAACAGUUUGUGACAUUUUUUGUAUAAUUGCAAUUAAAAAACUAAAACUUUAUUAAUAA